AAGUGGCGUUCAAUAAUUGAUGCAAAGUGAGACGAGAGAAAGAGAAAGAACGAGUCACAACUCGCAACUCAGAACUCAGUAACAAAAGAAGAAUCACGUGAUUCUCCCGAAUUCCAAAAUCCAAACCCUGACGAAACGAAAUCCAAUUCAUUCGUUCAUCUUCUUCGUGAGGUUGCAGAGAGGUCUACCAUGGGAUCUCCUAGUGGACUAGCCACAGUGCAAGGGAGACAACCUCUAUUUUCUUUUGGAUUGAUUUCUGAUGUCCAGUAUGCUGACAUUCCCGAUGGUCGCUCGUUCCAUGGGGUUCCGCGGUAUUAUAGGCAUAGUAUUCUUGUUUUGCAGAGAGCAGUUAAAGAAUGGAAUGCUCUUCAGAAGCAUAAGUUUGUGAUGAACUUUGGAGAUAUAGUUGAUGGGAAUUGUCCAAAAGAUCAGUCUCUUAAUGCUGUAAAGAAGGUUGUUGAUGAAUUUGCGAGGUUCAGGGGACCCGUAUAUCAUAUGAUUGGCAAUCACUGCCUGUACAAUCUUCCUCGCAGCAAGUUACUUCCAAUAUUGGAGAUCCAGAGUAUUGAUGAUGGAUGUGCUUACUAUGAUUUCUCGCCAGUGCCAGAAUAUAGAUUUGUAGUUCUGGAUGCCUUUGACAUCAGUGCUGUUGGUUGGCCUAAAGACCAUCCAAGAACAUUGGAGGCCUUGAAGUUUCUGAGGGAGAGGAAUCCGAAUAAAGAUAAGAACAGUCCAAGAGGGUUGGUGGGCCUUGAAAGAAGGUUCCUUAUGUUCAAUGGAGGCAUUGGAAAGGAACAAAUGGAAUGGUUGGACAGGGUUCUUCAGGAUGCAAUGAAAUUGAAACAGAAGGUGGUGAUAUGUUGCCAUGUGCCUCUGGAUCCUGGUGCGACAGAUUACGAGGCAUUGUUGUGGAAUUACGAUGAAGUGAUGGAUGUGAUACACAGGUACAAUUGUGUGAAGGUUUGUCUUGGAGGACAUAAUCACAGAGAUGGGUAUUCCAUUGACUCUCACGGAGUCCAUCAUCGAGUUUUUGAAGCCGCUCUAGAAUGUCCUCCUGGCAGGAACGCAUAUGGAAACGUCGAUGUCUAUGAUGACCAAAUAUCACUUGUUGGAAUUGACAGAAUUGAGAGUAUAGACAUGCAAUUUUAACCCUGAUGGGGAUUUGUAAAGACAAUGUAUUGAUGUUAAGAAGAAUAAUAGUAGUUUAGUGCUGAUUUAUAGAGUGAUCUUGUUUGAGUCCUUCCCGCAGGGAAUUUUCUAUUGAAAGAAGGUGACCCCGCCAUGAUUUGUUUUUUCAGAGAUAAGGAUGCAACCUGCACAAGCAGUAAGCAUGAUUGAAGCUUACCUUGGACAUUAUUUACCUUUGAAAUGUAAUUGCUGUUGUAAAACUAUUACACACUUCUGCUUGAGAUACAUUGCAUUCACAUUUUGCAUGGAAUAGUGACCAAAUGAUCCGUGUCUUAU